AUGGCUGUACCUCCCUGUGCAUCCACCUCGGCUGCCGGCACCAGCUCGGCCCACCUCAGCAACGCCGCCGCCUCGCCAACCUCGUCGUCCGCCAACUCGCCUCUGUUCCCGCCCUUGCACACCCGCGACGUCCUCGCCUGCCAGUUCUCGUCGUGGUACCCGCUCUUCAAGCGUCACUCGCCAAAGGCGACCGUCCUGCGGCCCAUCCCGCACGAGGCCGACUUCCUCGACUACCUCGAGAGCGACGGCCUGUUCCUCCCCGAAGGCAGCGGGCCCAUGGGGUGCGUCCUCGCGCUCAGCGACUCGGACGACGACGACCCUCCAGCCGACCCUUCCGCCUCGUCCCACGACAGCGACGACGACGACGACGAGCCCGCACGGCAAUUCUCCUUCCCGCACCUCGACGCCGAGAUCCGCGCUGUCCUCGAGCGGUACGACGGCGCCGUGUUCCCCAAGCUCAACUGGUCGUCGCCUCAAGAUGCAGCGUGGAUGAUCCCUGGCCAGUCGCUCAAGUGCCAGAACCCGGCCGACGUUUACCUGCUCCUCAAGUCGAGCGACUUCAUCUCGCACGACCUCGACCACGCGUUCGACGACUGCGUCGAUUAUCCGCCACCGGCAUCGGGCGACUACGCCUCCAGCUCGACACCGGCACCCGAGAUUGACGACGAGGCGCUCGCUCGCCUCACCAUCUCGCCUCAAGCUCCAUCCGCCGACGCACGUCGACCCGAUCUCAAGUCUCGCCCGUACACGUUCGAGCUCGUCCUCAAGAAGUGGUUCGACAUGCCCGGCUCGCAGCAGUGGCGAUGCUUCAUCCGGGACAACCAGCUCCUCGGCAUCUCGCAGCGCGACACGACCUUCUACGACUUUUUGCAAGACGCCGAGACGCAGCUCGACUUGCGCAAGCGCAUCGCCCGGUUCUGGGAGGACGAGGUCCGGGACAAGGCGCCCAUGUCGAGCUAUGCCCUCGACGUCUACAUCACGCGCGACGCCUCGCGCGUCUUCAUCGUCGACCUGAACCCGUUCGCGCCGCGCACAGACCCCCUUCUCUUCACCUACGACUCGCUCCUCGCCCUCGCCGUCUCUCGCCCUUCCUCGCCCUCGUCCUCGACCGAGCACCUGCCCGAGCUGCGCGUCAUCGCGUCGCCGAGCGACAGCGCGUCGAGCAUGCCGCGCUACUCGCACAAUCGGUACCCGAAGGACGUCGUCGAGAUGAGCGAGGGCCAGAGCGUCGCAGAGUUUGCGCGCGAGUGGAUGGGCCGCGUCGCAGAGGCGGCUGUCGAUGCGCCCGAGCCGAGGCCGGGUCGAGAGGAGGAGGACGGGCUCGAGGGCAAGGGAGCAGGAGGCGGCGAGGCGAUUGGGCGGUAGAAGCGACGCUGCACAGCUCGCUCCCUCUCUCCUUC